UUCAAUGUAUACGUACCCUUCGUCUUUCCGCUUUCUCUCUCUUUCCUCUCACCUUUUCUCUCCCCCCAAUCUCUAACCCUAAUAACCCGCCCGCCGUUCUGGAAUGAAAAUUGGACGCAUAGAGGAUGUUACUCCUAUUCCCACUGACAGUACUCGCAGAAAGGGUGGUAGAAGAGGAAGGAGGCUGUGAAUUCUUCUCAGCAACAAACUUGCUGCCUGGCAGAAUAUUUUGGUUAAGGAUGCAACUUUGAUUUUGUUUUACAUCUUAGAUUUGAGCAUUUUGUAGACCGAGUACAAGUUAUUCUGACUUAUGAUCAUUUGGAGCUUUUGCAACAUUGUGAGAUGGAAAAUAUUUCAUGGAGUUGGAUUAGUAAUUUGUCUUUGCUGUUAUGUUCGUCUCACCAGACGGUGACAACUCAAAAAAAAAAAAAAACCCGCCCGCCAGUCACCAUUGCCGCCUUCCAGUCACCGUCGCCGCUUGCCAGUCACCGUCGCCGCCGUCUCUACCCAGUACCGCCGUUGCCGUCCACAGCCAACCAUUUGAGUGUUUACUCAGCCACAACUAAUGCAGAUGUGAGACUCAGCCACAGGAAAUCUGAUGUGACACUUGAUGAUGUCGCAGAUUGUGAGAUUCCGUGGGAGGAGAUCACCUUGGGUGAGCGUAUCGGACUUGGAUCUUAUGCAGAAGUCUAUCGUGGAGACUGGCAUGGAACUGAAGUCGCUGUGAAGAAAUUCCUAGACCAAGAUAUAACUGGUGAAUCCCUUGAAGAAUAUAAAAGUGAGGUUAUGAUCAUGAAGAGAGUCCGGCAUCCUAAUGUAGUCCCUUCAUGGGAGCUGUUACACGUCCUCCAAACCUUUCAAGUAUUACCGAGUUUCUGCAUAGAAUCAAUAUCAACUUUCAAAGGCGGAUUACUUGCUUCGAGGGGGAUUCCCUCGUGUCCUGAUGAUGCUCGUAACCCCCAUACUCAAUCUAGUGGUGCGAAUGAUGAUGGGACUCACGUGUCAAACACACAAAGGAAUGUUUGAAUGUUAAUGUUGUGUUGGAUUUGUGGAUUGUGUAAGUGUUUUGUGGAUGUUUGCGAGGAGUGAAGUAGUCUAAUGUUGUACACUAACUUAGUCUAAUGUUGUAGACUAACUUAGUGUAGAUCUACUAGUUUAAUGUUUUGUGGAUGUUUGCAAAGGUUGAAGUAGUUUAAUGUUGUGUAGAUGUUUGCGAAUGUUGAAGUAGCUUAAUGUCUCUUCGGAAUGUUUGAAUGACGUUUUGAUUCAACUUUGAAGUAGUUUCGAAUUGAAUUUGACGUAUUGUUGGUUGUGAUAUAUGUGUUUGUUGAAGUA